AUGUCCCUCUCGACGAGUGUCGCUCACGCGACCCGGGUGAUGUCCUCUUCCUCCACCUCUUCUUCUUCUUCUUUGUCUUCCUCCUCCUCCUCCUCGAUUUCAUCCCCGAGUGCAUCAUCUUUUCUUUGCGCGACUCCUUCUUCGUACUCCUACUCUUCCUCCUCGAGAAUACGAGCGACGAGAAGGAGGAGGAGCAACUCCGUCGUCGUUAUCGGUAACAUCGCGAGGAGAAACAGAGUCAUUUUAGGAGCAUCAUCAUCGACAGAAGGAGGAGGAGGAGGAGGAGGACCAGGAGAAGAAGAAGAAGGGGCGGUGGCGACGAAAUCUUCGGACCAGCUCUUACAAGGUGAAGCGUCUGAAACGACGGCGUUACCGGAGAAUUUCUGCAUCAUCGAAGGCGCGAAUACCAUUUUAGAUUUCUCUAAACUCCAAGUGGACGAUAUUCAACAAAACUUGGAAAGUCGACGACAAAAAGUGUUCUUAUUGAUGGAAGAAAUGCGACGACUGCGAGUGCAGUUGCGGAUAAAGUCCACAGGAAGUGCGUAUGAAGAAGAAAAUAUGGUGCAAAAGUCAGAGUUUCAGUCAGUUGUGCCUGGAUUCCCAGUGUUGACGGAGGAUUCAAUUUCGGAUUAUCGAAUCUAUUGGGGUGCGACUGUGCUCUUCUUCUUACUGUUUGGCGGUUUGUUUGCGCCCAUCGCGGAGGUGAAGCUCGGCGUCGGCGGUACCACAUACGCAGACUUUAUCGAAUUUGUUCACUUCCCGAAGCAGUUGGCGGAAGUCGAUCCGAUCGUUGCGUCGUUUACCGGCGGUGCAGUUGGCGUCGUUUCGGCUUUUUUCGCGAUUGAAAUUCGUAGCGCUCAAGAACAAAGGAAAAAGGUGUGCAUGUAUUGCAAAGGGAGCGGCUACUUGACUUGUGCCGAGUGCGCGACGCCAAACACGUAUAAACCAGGGAGAUUGAUCGAUCCAAACACGGGAUCUAAAUGCGUGUGCAACAACUGCUUGGGGACGACAAAGGUUAUGUGCACGACGUGUUUGUGCACAGGUAUGGCUUUGGUAACAGAACACGAUCCGCGCAUAGAUCCUUUCGAUUAA